AUGCUUCCACUUACCUUCAGGAGGUCUUUAUUCUUUACCGCUAGAAUAUCUUCUAAAUCGCUGCUUGAUAGACCCAUCAUGCCCCCUGCGUUUGGAGUCAAACAAAGCGAAUACAAGCAACUCCCUGAAGACUCCAAUUAUAUCGAGCGAUUCUACACUGAACUUGAUCAAUUCCGUAACGAAUUCCUAAUACCCCAUCAUAAGAAAUCAUAUUCCGAUUUUAAUGACUCCCCAAAUGAUCUGGUUUUCGAACUAGACAAAUAUAUAGAGUUGCACGUGAUUCCAAAAUACUACGCAGGCACCACCAUAUCACUAGCUAAUAAGCUUGUUGUCGACAGGUUUCUGGAUUUCUCAAGAGGAGUUAAGACUACUUUACGUCUAAACGGCGGUCAUACAUUCAUAUUUGACAUGCUACUGCAAAGUAAAAAGGUAUUUGACGAUUUGCAGAAGAAAUGCCCGCCUAACUAA